AUGUUUGAAACCAUUCGGGCUGCGAUGGAUGCCGUCUUGACCAACCAUCCGUGGUCACAAGAGCUGGCGGUUAUUCUCCCGCUCUCUGCGCUCAUCGACUUUCUCGAUGUCCCGCGCACAUUCCAUACAUUUCAGCUCACCAGAAAUGUACCACUUUGGUGCUGGUCCAUUACACCUUCUGCGAGCCGCCUGCUGCUCGCCAGGAGAAAGGCGGAGGACAGCUGCUAUCUCGACCAUUUUGGCGCCAGUCUGAGCCCCAUCUGCCUAGACGGUCGCUAUGGGGAUUUGUAUCAAAUGGCAAGCCCUGAGACUCUGCGUCUGUAUUUGGAAACUCUUAUAGUGACCAAAAUACCGAACGAUCAUGAGAAUAUGCAAAGAGACGAGAAGCGAUUUCAAAAUCUCGAAGUCAUUCACGUAUCUCGGGCCAAAAAACCAUCCCGGUCUAGGCGCUCGCUCCGUUUCCUUGCAGCCGACCUGAUUGGUUGGGGUUUUUUCUUAUGUCUGUUUACUCUGACUGCGUUGCUGAAAUUCUACAUGGCGCUCGGCUUUAUGGCCACCCUGCUACUGAGUGGCGUAGCGAUCUCUCUUGUUCAUGGAGGUGAACGGCGAAAGUUUCCAGUCGAGCGCGGCAGCAAGUACAAUAGAGUGGUAGUCGCAGCACUGCAUAUGAACGAAACAAAUUGGCAAGUCUUCUAUGGAGAAAGCAGCAUUGUCAACUCUGUUCUGAAUCGGUCGCUUCCUUCGAACAACCAUUCAAACACAAUGCCCUGGCUACUUCGGCCCACUCUGCGUGGUCUCAUUCUGUGCCAGUGGGGUUUUGCUAUUGGUGCUGCGGCCAUCAAGGGCUGGGACGCAUACUUCAUUACAUUGUGGAUCAUGUUCUGUAUUUUCUCGCAAGGAUAUCUUUUCUCGCCAGAACAUGUCGUGAAAGAUUGGAUGGAAGCGUAUGCAGGGGUCCGAAUGGAUCGCUAUCAGGCACAAUUUGGGUCCCGAAGGGCUCUUUUGAAUACAAUCAUUGCUCUGAACCCAGACACGUUCUCGUUCGACGAAGCAACAAAUGAAGACUCGACUGCAUUCUAUGCUGGCGCCUUCAAAUGGAUUGAUCCAAUUCUCAGAGAAGGCCCAGAUCGGACACAAUGGGAGGAGGCUACGCGUUUGGCCAUGAUUGAAGCCAAGUCGCCCCCUGAUGACACAAGUACUCUGGUUUCUGAGAAUAUUAGUGAGCCCAAGAUGGACUCAUCCGCCAGGAAGGAGUCGAAACACAUCGAGAAGACAAAAUAUUGGCAUGCUUUCAUACCUGAAGGUAUCGAAAUGGCGGAAAAGAUUCGUCAAAUAGCGAAUCUCUCUGGGAGAUAUGUGUCAGAGAAGAGAGAUGAGCUCAGCUGA